AUGGACGCCAAGCCACGUGAACUGUACUUGCUGUUUCGAGCAUAUGAGGGUUACGAAGGAUCUCUGUUAAAAGUUACAAGCAAAAAUGGCAAAACAGCUUCGCCAGUGGGUUUUGUUACGUUCCAGACACGCGCUGGCGCCGAGGCCGCUAAACAAGACCUUCAGGGCGUCCGGUUCGAUCCCGACAUGCCGCAAACCAUACGGCUAGAAUUCGCUAAAAGCAACACGAAGGUUAGCAAGCCAAAACAGCCCGCCAACGCAAACGUCACGCCCAACACGCACCAAGGCCUGAUGCACCCGCUCACCGGACAUCUAGGCGCCCCAUUCUUCACCGGUGCUCCGGCAGAGUUAUGGCAUCAUCCGUUGGCGUAUGCUGAUAUGCCGACCGCAGCCACGGCCACGGCUUUACAACACGCAGCUCUUGUCCAUCCGGGACUACAUCCACAUCCUCAACAGCCGACGUUGACGCUGGGCCCACACGGCCUUCCGUUCCUGCCCUCCCCCGCACUGCCCUCGCCGCCCAACCAGCAGCAGCCCCAGCCGCCUUGUUCCACGCUGUUCGUCGCCAACCUCGGGCAGUUCGUGUCCGACCACGAGCUUAAAGACAUUUUCGCCAGGGAGUAUGCUGGCCAAAAGAAAUUGGACAACGUCAAUUUCACGUAUACUCACAUGCAGUUGAACAACACCUGA